CAAAUGUGUCGGUGUAGUUUUUAAUACUAAAAAAAGGGCGCCAAGUCCUGUCGGAAUUCUGAAAUCCGCCUUCCUUAAAAUAUGCUGCUAUACAAUACGACGGAGGAGGAAAAAUAUGGAAAAGGAGGAGGAGGAGGCGGCGGCGAUCGCAGACGACGAAAGAGUAGAAAACCAUGAUCUCUCCUCCAAUUCCAAUUCCAAUUCCAAUUAUUGUGAUUGUGAUAAGGAUGAAACCCUAUCUCUUCUGAAUCUGAUGGACGACGAUGGUUUUCCUCGACACAACGACAAUAAUGAUGAGAAUAAUAGCAGCAUCAGAAGAGAUACUAUCCGAUCAAUUGAAGAAUCGGAAGAAGAAGAAGAUAGUAGCUUCGCAUCAGAUUUCUAUGGAUGCGGAACAGAUUGGUCUUCUUUGUUGGAAAAUCACAAGCCCACCACCAACAACCAUCCCAAUGCCACCAUGCUGGGUCUGGGGCGGCGCCUCAAACAGACAAAUCUCUUCCAGAUGUGGGGGUGGGGCUCCCCCAACAACAACAACAACAACCAUGAUGUUGUGGAUGAUAAUCACCAUCCUCCUCCAAAUAAGAAGAUCAAGUCCAUGUUCUCUGCUGGUUCCCCUUCCUCCACCACCAUUUCCAAAAUGAAAUCAAACACCAACACCAACAUCAACAUCAACAAGAAGAGCAAAACUAGUAGCAUUACUAAUACUUCUUCUGGAUUUGCCAACAAACAGCAGCAGCAGCAGCAGCGUCCCCGUCUUUGCCCCUUCUAUAAGAAAAUCCCAGGGACACCCUUCACUGUAGAUGCAUUCCGCUAUGGCUGCAUUGAAGGUUGCAAUGCAUAUAUCCUAAGUCACUUCCAUGCUGAUCACUAUGGUGGCUUGACCAAGGGAUGGUCACAUGGCCCCAUCUAUUGUACCCCUCUCACCGCUCGGCUGCUCAGAAUGUGUCUAUAUGUUAAUCCAUUAUUCAUCCGUCCUUUGGAAUUAGGUACUGAACAUGUCAUCGAUGGAAUCAAAGUGACAAUGUUAGAAGCUAAUCACUGCCCCGGUGCAGCUCUUAUUCACUUUUGUCUUCCAAAUGGACAACGCUAUUUGCACACCGGAGACUUUAGAGCCAGUAAACUUAUGCAUGCUUAUCCCCUUCUCAUAAACCAACGAGUCAAUGCACUUUAUCUUGACACGACAUACUGCAACCCAAAGUACAGGUUCCCUUCCAAAGAAGAUGUUAUGAGUUUUGUUGUGAGAAUCACGCAGAACUGUCUGAGGAAGCAACCCAAAACCCUUGUUAUUGUUGGGGCGUAUAGCAUCGGGAAGGAAUGUGUUUAUCUUGCAAUUUCCAAUGCUCUAGGGGUACAC